CAGGUUUUCCAAUGGUCCUCUAACUACUGUCAAUUCAUGAUGAAAUCCUCAAACAAAUAAAAUUCCUGCAAACCAACACUUGAAUAAUAAAUUCAAAUAAACCUCAGUUUGACUGUAAAAGUAAUCAUUCUGCUUUUGAAUUCUGUGUUGUUCUAUUAAAAGUUUAAAAUAUGAUCACCCGUAAGAUUUGUGGUAAUCAUUCUUUGUACGAAAAAAGUUGCUUUUUCAAUCACUUCUUUCGAAGUAUUAAUGAUGUUAGAAGUCAUCAAACACAAAAUUUUUAUCGACAGGGCAAAUAGUUGUUUUCUUUAAGAAUUAGUGGCCCUAACGUUUAGUCCUCAUGAUUUGUUUCCAGCUAAGAAUGGUGAAAUGUGAUAUUGUAGAAUUUUUUGUUUGAUUAAUACUCUCCCAGAUAACUUCCAGUCCAUUGCUAUGUAAAAUUCGUGCAAUCAUUAUACGACGCCAAUAUUCUAAUUUUCAAUGCUCAUUCACAGUAUAUAAGCGAAAGUAAACUUAACCAACAAUCAGACUGCAGUUAGUGUGUGCUAGGUAGUUUUGUAAAAACAUUCUUCUUGCCUAUUUGGUUGUUGAAUGGUUACUUUUUGUUUAUUUGUUUGUUCUCUCCGAUCUUUAACAUAAUUCCUGAUGCUUUCUAGAUGGAUCAGCGAACACCAGAACCUUCAGGUGCAGAUAGUGUCGAUCCUUUGAAAAAUCUUGACUUGGGUCAACCUCCAGAGGACUGGUCAGGGUGGUUUUCAUAUAUGGCCUUAAAGUUUGUUUUGUAUGUUGCAAAAAAUCCCUGGGAGUUUCUUACUUCAACAAUGAUCAUUCUUACACCUCUUAUGCUAAUUUGUGCUUACUGCUCAUACAAAUUAGCCAAAGAAAUUAAACGUCAAGAAGUCGAUCAAAAACUGAAGGCUAAACGUGCAGCUGCUAUUAACAAGUCAAGGAAGCAAGUGAAAACGGAUUAAGUAAAUUAAUUUAUUCAAAUAUGUUUUUUGUUUAAGAAUAAUUCUGCCUCCUAUCACAUUCAACAAAGUUUGUAGAGAUGUGUUAUUGUAGUGGACACUGUAGGCUGAAAUUAUCAGCAGGCUUACUUUUUAACCAGUAGCGGCUUUUACUAUUAGGGUUCAUCUAAAUAAACUUAUUCAAUUUAAGUUUCAUUCUAAAGAGCAUUUAUCUGUUUUUCAAAGGAUAAAAUAAUUGAAACCCAACGACAUUGACUUUAUUGGGGA